AUGUCCCGUCAAAAAGUAGGAGCCCCCAUAAAAGUACUUUCCUUGUAAGACAAAGACAGGUUUCAAAUAGUUUUCGUAGAAUAUGGCACCAACAUUUUUAGAAGUCUGGGACGCAGCUCGAAUGAGUUCAGUCAUAGAAGACAAGAAGUUCCAAAAACGUAACUUUGGUAAAAAUUUUUUUGGCAAAGACGGAAAGCCAGGGCGCGUGUCGGGCAGCCGUAAAAGAAGGCAAGUAAUUCUAUAAAAUUUCGUAGAUAAUACUUAUCAGAGGGAUGUAGAUUCGCCGUAAGUAAAUCUUGUGAAAAUUAAGUUGUGUUUAGAGACUGGAAAAACAUUGGUUUCAUGGCGGCCAGGUGACGGUACAAACAUGAGCCGCGAGUACAAGUUACAAAUGAAUGACGAAGCCGUCGAUUACAAUAAUAUUAGGGCUCAGCUCUUGAUACGAACUCUGCAAGGACAAGAUAUUGACCGGGUUGUCAGUCUAUGUAAAGAAGCUUUUCCCCUCGAAUACGAUCAGAAUUGGUUUUUCGAAGUAUGUUCAGGAAGAUACAUUAGUUAUGGUGCCUUUGACGGGGAAAAUCUAGCCGGUUUGAUAGUCGCCGAAGUGAAAACUGUUGGUAAUUGCGAAGUUGAGGUAGGAAUAAUUUUACUUCUACCUUUUUGCAGGACCGGGACAUGUGGAAUUGUCUGGACUCCCAUGUCGUCUACGUAAUGAGUUUAGCAGUAUCGUGUUUAUAUAGGAGGCGAGGCAUUGGUACAGUGCUGUUGGAGUAUUUGCAAACGGUGAUCUCGGCUUCCAGACCCUGUCCGGUUCUUAUAUAUCUCCACGUAUUGAAAGAAAACUAUGGGGCUAUCACAUUUUACAAAAAUCGCGGCUUCAAACAUCACAAAACUUUGACGUAAGGAGAGCCGAAUGGGCAGCAAUGUUUUUCAGAAAUUACUACCUGAUUGAUGGUAUUGGUCGAGAGGGGUUGACGUUUAUUCUGUUUUUAAACAACAACACCAACGCAUGUUCCCUGAAAGAUAUGUGGAAUACAACAACUGCCAUGAUUUCUGCCUUGUUCCGUUCACAUGUUCUAAGGUCGACUUAA